AACAGCCAAUUCGGUCCGGGCACAUAUCUGGGUGAAAGGUCUGCAUUGGAUAACACGACGGUGGCUGUCAAGAAAUAUACCUCUCAUUUGAACCGGUAGUAGCGACACAGGCGUAACCUGUUAGCUAGCUAAUUAUUUUCUGAAGUAGUUACGGGUCAUAACGACGCAACAUUUUGUGUUUUUCUUUUCUUGUUAGCUGUCUUUUCUUGAAUAGAAACCAUGUCUAAACAGCAGGCGAUAAGUCCAGGGAAGAACUUCUUUGCUGGGGGCUUUGGGGGUGUCUGCUUGGUCUUCGCUGGACAUCCACUUGAUACCAUAAAAGUAAUUAUUUAUUUCUCAAAGUAACUAAUUCCUCAACUAGCUAGCAAAGCUAGCUGUUAAUAAUAUAUUGCCCCCUAUGCAUGCCUCACGAGCAUAACUUUCAUUGGUGUCUGCUGCACGCAGCAUUCAGCAAACUAAUCAAUGAAAAUGUAUGUUUACAGAUGUAUAAUUGGUUACUGGAUGUGAGUGUCGUUGUUCUUUACAUUUGAUACAACUCAAUGAGGUGGAGUGUAACAUUAGACCUUUGACCUAUAUGUCCAUUUCUGUCAUACCGCACUACCUUAGCCCCAUGACAGUGACGGGCCUGUCAUUACAGAUGUAUUAUCACAUGAGCCACUUAUAGGAAAUAAGAAAUGCAUCUUGUAAAAGGUUUAUUAUUAAUUUAUUUUCGAUUUUUUAUGUAUACAUUUCUUUCUUAAUCCUGUGUGCUUGGUUAUGUGCUUAAUAUGCAUUUUAAGUGUAUAAUCCAACUUCUAUAUGUUUGUACAAUUUGAAAAGUUUAAUUAAACAAAAAACGAAUAUAUACACAGUGCCAGUCAAAAGUUUGGACAUACCUGCUCUUUCAAGGUUUUUCUUUAUUUUUACUAUUUUCUACAUUGUAGAAUAAUAGUGAAGACAUCAAAACUAAGAAAUAACACAUAUGGACUCAUGUAGUAACCAAAAAAGUAAAAACCAAAAUAUAUUUUAUAUUUGAGAUUCUUCAAAGUAGCCACCCUUUGCCUUGAUGACAGCUUUGUACACUAUUGGCAUUCUCUCAACCAGAUUAAUGAGGUAGUCACCUGGAAUGCAUUUCAAUUAACAGGUGUGCCUUGUUACAAGUUAAUUUGUGGAAUUUCUUUCCUUCUUAAUGCGUUUGAGCCAAUCAGUUGUGUUGUGACAAGGUAGGGGUGGUAUACAGAAGAUAGCCCUAUUUGGUAAAAGACCAAGUCCAUAUUAUGGCAAGAACAGCUCAAAUAAGCAAAGAGAAACGACAGUCCAUCAUUACUUUAAGACAUGAAGGUCAGUCAAUAUGGAAAAUGUCAAGAACUUUGAAAGUUUCUUCAAGUGCAGUCGCACAAACCAUCAAGCACUAUGAUGAAACUGGCUCUCAUGAGGACCGCCACAGGAGAGGAAUGACCUCUGCUGCAGUUCAUUAGAGUUCACUGCACCUCAGAAAUUGCAGCCCAAAUAAAUGCUUCACAGAGUUCAAGUAACAGACACAUCUCAACAUCAACUGUUCAGAGGAGACUGUGUGAAUCAGGCCUUCAUGGUCGAAUUUCUGCAAAGAAACCACAACUAAAGGACACCAAUAAGAAGAAGAGACUUGCUUGGGCCAAGAAACACGAGCAAUGGACAUUAGACUGGUGGAAAUCUGUACUUUGGUCUGAUGAGUCCAAAUUGGAGAUUUUUGGUUCCAACCGCCAAGUCUUUGUGAGACGCAGAGUAGGUGAAUGGAUGAUCUCCGCAUGUGUGGUUCCCACCGUAAAGUAUGAAGGAGGAGGUGUUAUGGUGUGGGGGUGCUUUGCUGGUGACACUUUCUGUGAUUUAUUUAGAAUUCAAGGCACACUUAACCAGCAUGGUUACCAAAGCAUUCUGCAGCGAUACGCCAUCCCAUCUGGUUUGGGCUUAGUGGGACUAUCAUUUGUUUUUCAACAGGACAAUGACCCAACACACCUCCAGGCUGUGUAAGGGCUAUUUUACCAAGAAGGAGAGUGAUGGAGUGCUGCAUCAGAUGACCUGGCCUCCACAAUCCCCCAACCUCAACCCAAUUGAGAUGGUUUGGGAUGAGUCAGACAGCAGAGUGAAGGAAAAGCAGCCAACAAGUGCUCAGCAUAUGUGGGAACUCCUUCAAGACUGUUGUAAAAGCAUUCCUCAUGAAGCUGGUUGAGAGAAUGCCAAGACUGUGCAAAGCCGUCAAGGCAAAGGGUGGCUACUUUGAAGAAUCUAAAAUAUAUUUUGAUUUGUUAACACUUUUUUGGUUACUACAUGAUUCCAUGUGUUAUUUCAUAGUUUUGAUGUCGUCACUAUUAUUCUACAAUGUAGAAAAUAGUAAAAAUAAAGAAAAACCCCUUGAAUGAGUAGGUGUGUCCAAACGUUUGACUGGUGCUGUGUGUGUGUAUAUCUAUAUAUAUAUAUAUAUAGAUAUAUCUUCCUCUAUACAGAAGUAAUGUCGUGUGUAGGCCUAUAGGGUGAGUCUGUUCAUAUCCUCCUCUCUUAGGUGCGUAUUCAGACCAUGCCUGUGCCCGGCCCUGGCGAGAGCCCCCUGUAUAGAGGCACCUUUGAUUGUUUCAAACAGACCCUUGCCAAAGAGGUGGGUAAUAGUAGGCCAAUGGCUUUUUGGUUUUCCGUUCAAUGUAUUUGUUUGUUCACCACUCUUUGCGCUCUCUUAUUCAUUCCUUUUCUCUCUCAUGUUCUCUACAACAGGGGUUCAAAGGCCUGUAUAAAGGUAUGGCAGCCCCUAUCAUUGGAGUCACACCCAUGUUCGCUGUUUGCUUCUUCGGCUUUGGCCUGGGCAAGAAACUACAACAGAAAACCCCGGACGAUGUCCUUACGUAGGUGAUUGUUCCAUAGUAGAAAGUCUUCCCCAUUUUUUUAAAUGUUGAAAUUGUGUGCGGGCAGGUGUAUGUAUGUAUGUAUGUGUUGUGCAUAACCAUCUGCUGUCCUUCUCAGGUAUCCACAGCUGUUUGCUGCCGGCAUGCUGUCAGGCGUGUUCACCACAGCCAUCAUGGCCCCUGGAGAACGUAUCAAGUGUCUCCUACAGGUGAGAAACAUACAGUACACAACACAGAACUGAACGUAGGUUAAUAGGAUUAGGUUAACUGGGUUUAGGAUAACAGGCUGAGGUCAAAGGAGAUGCGGUUCAGUGAACUCCACUCACGUGAUAAGGAGCCUGGCCAGAGACCGGAAGACUUGCGCUGCCUAGCUCUGUGGGCUAACGCAGUCUUGUGGCAUGCAGAAGACCCAGGGUUUUAACCUAGUUGGUUACAUCACAUGUUAUGUGUGGAUGUGUGUACAGAUCCAGGCUGCCAAAGGGGAGGUGAAGUAUGCUGGGCCCAUGGACUGUGUGAAGCAGCUGUACAAAGAGAAUGGGAUCAGGGGAAUCUACAGAGGCACUGCUCUCACCCUCAUGAGAGGUACUUACUGACUGAAUAUUCACUGAGUGUACAAAACAUUAGGAACACCUUCAUAAUAUUGAGUUGCACCCUGCUUUUGCCCUUAGAACAGCCUCAAUUCGUCGGGGCAUGGACUCUACAAGAUGUCGAAAGCGUUCCACAGGGAUGCUGGCCCAUGUUGACUCCAAUGCUUCCCACAGUUGUGUCAAGUUGGCUGGAUGUCCUUUGGGUGGUGGGCCAUUCUUGAUACACACGGGAAACUGUUGAGCGUGAAAAACCCAGCAGCGUUGCAGUUCUUGAAACACUCAAACCGGUGCACCUGGCACCUACUACCAUACCCCGUUCAAAGGCACUUAAAUCUUUUGUCUUGCCUGUUCGCCCUCUGAAUGGCACACAUACACAAUCCAUGUCUCAAUUGUCUCAAGGCUUUAAAAUCCUUAAUUAACCUGUCUCCCCCUUCAUCUACACUGAUUUGAAGUGGAUUUAACAAGUGACAUCAGUAAGGGAUCAUAGCUUUCACCUGGAUUCACCUGGUCAGUCUAUGUCAUGUUCCUAAUGUUUUGUACACUCAGUGGAAGUCUUAUACCCGUGUCUCUGAUAUCUAACUCUUUAUCUAGAAUCUAGAUACUUGUGUUCAGUAGUGAUUGUGUUGUUAAGACACAACUGUGAGUUUUUGCCAGUAAUUCUGACAGUUUGUUACUUGGUUUCUCAGACGUGCCAGCCAGUGGGAUGUAUUUCAUGACCUAUGAAUGGUUGAAGCGCCUCCUCACACCAGAGGGCAAAAGGUGAAUGUGUGUUUACUGUGUGUGUAUGCAAAUGAAACCCUAAGCACGUGUCUUUGUCCACCCCAAAAUAUUUUUACAGCUGUUUAGUGAAUCUCUGUAUGAUUAGCUGUUUGUAUCAGUGUUAUUGUUUCAGUGUGCCGUGUAACUUGUUUAUGUCACGGCAUGUGUGUAUUGUUUGUAAUUAAUGGGUGAUUGGUUCCACAGCCCCAAUGAGCUGAGUGUUCCUAGUGUUCUGUUCGCUGGAGGGAUGGCAGGAAUCUUUAACUGGGCCGUGGCCAUUCCCCCCGAUGUACUCAAGUCUCGCUACCAGACAGGUGUGUCUUUGGCAUUUCUGACGUUGCCCCAUUUUUGGUGUAAAUACUGUAUAAUAGGUAUUUUUUACCAGGUUGGAGUCAAUUCCAUUUCAAUUCAGUCAAUUCAGGAAGUAAACUGAAACUACAAUUCCACUUUUACAUUUUCCUCAUAGAAAAUCAUUGUGGAAAAAUGGAAUUAGAAUUAGAAUUUCAAUUUACUUCCUGAUUUGAAAUAGAAUUAACCUCAACCCUUACUGUCUUACUUGUCUUGUGUUGUCUUUUUUCUAAGUGUAGUAUACAGUAUAUAGCUGACCAACCGUACUGUCUGUUUGGUUUAGAGUAGUAGAGUGACUAAAGUCGUCAGCAUGCUUCAGUUCGGUUGGCGCCUUGCUGAACUCGGCUAGCUGAACCAAACGAGUGUGCUCGCAUUCUCCCUAAAAAGACCUUCGCUUGAAAAACGAGAAAAAGCGGCAAUAGUACUGUUUGUCCAUUUUGAAAUGCCGUAGACAGUAUACACUUCCUCAUAAUAGUCAGAAUGAAUCUAAGAUAACUCAAGAAAUGUGUCAUUCAUUUUGACGUUUUUGCCGAGGAGAUCUUAGUCGCGCAAUUUGACAUCUAACUAAGAUUUCUCAAUGACAAAAUGUGCAUGAAAACAAGUCGUCUCUCGUUGAAUGACAACAAAGACUUUAUUGAAGAAUCCCUACUGUUGACUAAUCACCGAAGAAGGGGCAUAGACGUCGGCUCCGAACUUCGGCUUGCCUCCAGAAAAGAAAUGGUGUGCCCGAACAGCCGAAAAAACCCUCACCGAAGUCCAAAACUAACAAAAGCGUCACAAAAUGUCAUCAUAAUACUGUAUAUGCACAAACUCUUCAGAACUGUUUCGGCUGGGAAGCAUGCGGACGCCUUAAGUGUACUGUGUAAAACAGUAGUAUGACUGAAGCCCUUUCUCUCCUCCCAGCCCCUGAAGGGAUGUACCCUAAUGGUUUCCGGGACGUUCUACGAGAGCUACUGAGGGAGGAGGGCGUGGCCUCUCUGUACAAAGGCUUCACCGCUGUCAUGCUCAGAGCUUUCCCCGCCAAUGCAGUGAGUACACACACUCUACUCACAUACAGCCUGUUAACUCUCAACACACUCACUGAUCAGUCAGAGAUGGUACUCGCACAUGCUACGUCCACCAUACUCAGCCACUGAUCUCCUAUUAACACGUAAUUACAGCAUAUGAUACACAGAAUAAACAGUAUGGUUUAGUGUACAAAACGUUUAUAUUGCCUGCAUUCUACAGUCAUAAUACUCUCACCCCUUGCCAGUAGAAAUGUUACAGUUUUCAUGAAGUCAAUUAAUGGUGACCACAUUGAUCUAUCUCCCCUUAGGCUUGUUUCCUUGGGUUUGAAAUGGCCAUGAAGUUCCUGAACUGGGCAGCACCCAGUCUGUGAUCCCUGUCCACGGCCCAGACUUAGACACCAGAGACAGAACUCAAUAACACAGAGGAUUACCCAUGGACACCAACAGUACUCACAAACAUAUACACUUACGCAGAGAUACACAUUGGACAUCUGACUGGCAUACAGACUGAGAAAGACACACACAUUGUAGAGGUGGACAAAGAGGGGACACACACAUUGUUCUCACUCCUUGGUGUUUUACUUGCAUUAGUUUUUAGUGUUUUUAAUUAGAAAAUGUGUUAAUUGAACAUGUGCCUUUACUUGCUCAGAGUGAGUCUGCAUAUCAGGGAAUAGGUACAUUUUCACAGGUUGGGUAUAAUGUGUGUUAGUAUGCCAUGUGUCUGUCUCUGUGUGUGUGUGUAUGUGUGUUUAAAAACAAAAUAUAUGGCUUUUAAAACAUACCAGGACAUUAAAACAUCCCUGUAUAGUCUCAUUCCAAACUGUGAUCCAAUAACCAAAUAAUCGCAUUGGAAAUUGUUAGUUGAUUUAUUGAAUGAAUUAAUCAUACUUUUCUCCAAGGUUGUUGCAGAUGUAGCUUAUGCCACAACAUGGAGAACCCUCAUUGGGCCAUUGUCUCAUGUUUGUAUGUGUCAUUAUGUAUGUAAAUAAAUACAAUGAAAUCAUAAUCUAUUUCUAAUUUCCAAUUAGAAUAUCUUAUUAAACGUGUAUAACUAUCU